UAAACUUUGCGCGCAGACACAAGGGACGGAGCCCCUGUCCAGCUUCCCUUCCCCUUUCGCAUCUCCGAAUGAACACAUAAACAAUUCAACCAACGCCAGCUCUCUCUCUCUCGCUCUCUCUCUCUGUUUCUUUUGUGAGUUGGAGUAGCUGAGCUGAAUUUCGGAGAUGGCAUUGUCUCGGCUCAGGAAUCCGGUGAUCUCUCGGGGCGUUUCAAUAGCCAGAGCUCGCUUUCUCUCGUCCACCGCUCCCUCUAGAUUCCUCUCCCGCUCUUCUAAUGGGAGGGCCUCUCCGACUGUUGACAGAAAGGUGUCAAGGUCUUCAUCAUUCCCUAUAUCCACGGGCGCUUGCGAUAAUUUGUUGAAGCACAAGUUGCAAAUUGGGGUCCGGUUCUUCUCUGCUGGAGAUGUUCCUCAUACUGUUCUCGGGAUGCCAGCGCUGUCACCAACAAUGAAUCAAGGAAACAUAGCAAAAUGGAGGAAGAAAGAAGGUGAUAAGAUAGAAGUGGGAGAUGUUUUGUGUGAAAUAGAGACAGACAAAGCUACUCUUGAGUUUGAAAGUCUUGAAGAAGGGUAUUUGGCUAAAAUUCUGGUUCCUGAAGGUUCAAAGGACGUGCCUGUGGGACAACCAAUUGCAAUAACGGUUGAAGAAGCAGAAUAUAUACAAAAAGUUCCAGCUUCAGUUACAGGGGGUUCUGAUGCUAAGGCUGAAAAAGUUUCUGAUCAGAAUAUAAAGAGCAAUGAUAAAGUUCACGAAACCAGUUCCAGUAAGAUCAACACAUCAGAACUUCCUCCCCAUGUCAUUGUUGAUAUGCCAGCACUAUCUCCCACUAUGAACCAGGGUAACAUUGCUAAAUGGAGAAAGAAGGAAGGAGAAAAGAUAGAGGUUGGCGAUGUUAUAUGUGAAAUAGAAACAGACAAAGCAACACUAGAAUUUGAAAGUCUUGAAGAAGGUCACUUGGCAAAGAUCCUAGCACCAGAAGGUUCCAAGGACGUCUCUGUAGGACAGCCUAUUGCUAUAACAGUUGAGGAUCCAAAUGACAUUGAGGCUGUAAAGACAUCUGUUGGCAGCAGUCCAAUCCAAGAAGAGAAGCCUGUCCAUCAGGAAGCUAAGACUGAAAUAGCUCCAGGGAAAUCUUCUAUUCAAAGGAUCAGUCCAGCUGCAAAAAUUCUCAUCACAGAACAUGGAUUGGAUAUAUCAGCAUUGAAGGCAUCGGGUGCUCAUGGAACCCUACUGAAAGGAGAUGUUCUAGCUGCAAUUAGGUCCGGAAAAGCAUCUCCAAGGCCUUCUUCGUCUAAAGAGACACCUUCACAUGAAGUUAGCCAGAAGCCUGCCACUAAAGUGCCAGAAUCAAGGGCUGCUGCACAACAGCCAGAUUCUUUUGAAGAUCUACCGAACAGUCAAAUUCGCAAGGUUAUAGCAAAAAGGUUGUUGGAGUCCAAGCAAAAUACACCACACUUAUACUUAUCUACAGAUGUCACCCUGGAUCCUCUGCUUUCAUUCCGAAAAGAACUGAAAGAACAGCAUGACGUCAAAGUUUCAGUAAAUGAUAUUGUCAUCAAGGCUGUAGCUGUUGCCCUGAGAAAUGUGCCAGAAGCAAAUGCUUUUUGGGAUGCUGAGAAAGGAGAAGUCAUUCGAUGUGAUUCUAUUGAUAUAUCAGUUGCUGUCGCUACUGAGAAGGGUUUGAUGACUCCAAUCAUCAGAAAUGCUGAUCAGAAAACGAUAUCAUCUAUAUCUAUGGAGGUGAAGGAAUUGGCUGAAAAAGCACGAGCAGGGAAACUUAAGCCAGAUGAGUUUCAGGGAGGAACUUUCAGUAUCUCCAACCUCGGAAUGUUUCCAGUAGACCAUUUCUGUGCCAUAAUCAAUCCUCCACAGGCUGGUAUACUUGCAGUCGGGAGGGGAAAUAAAGUUGUUGAACCAGUAACUGGAGCUGAUGGAGUUGAGCAGCCCGCUGUGGUUAACAAAAUGAGGUUGACCUUAUCUGCAGAUCACCGAGUUUUCGAUGGCAAAGUUGGAGGUGCAUUUCUCUCUGCUCUGCGUUUGAACUUCAGCGAUAUGCGUAGGCUUAUGUUGUAAACAACCUGAAGCGGCCUUAAACUAAGAAUCCAGGCAUUAUUCUGGAGCGGGGGAGGAUGUUCUCUCCCACAUUUCAGAUGAAUUUGUCGGAUAGUCUCACCAGCUUUGAGUGUUGAUUCUUUUUCGGAUUGCCGGAAUUUUUCUACACUGCAAUUAACCUUGUAAUUGAGAGGAAACCCAGUUUUGACAGGUGACUCUUUCAGCUGUUUCGUGUUUGCUCCUAUGUAUUUAGGUUUGUAAUAAAAAUUCUUUGGUGCUAAUAAUGGGGGCAUCUGGUUCUGUCAUUAUUCAAUAUCGACUUAUGAAUUUGCUCAUCAA